UAUGGGGCCAACUGGCAACCUCUGCUCGUUGAGAAUUUUGCCCAUUUGCGCUUCCGCUCUGCCCUGCUUUGCACAAGAAAUUUGGAGCUUCGCCAUCGAAGCCGUUAUUCCGUAUAAACGCAGUACUGAUGGCUCGCCAAGCUUCGAGAUUGAUCGCUAACUUGUCAAAGAAGCUGAACCCUAACGCCCCGUUGCCGGCGUCAUCUCCGCUGUGGCAACACCAACAAAACCGAUGCUUUGGAUCGCCUACGCCGCCUCCGGCAGUAUUUGUUGACAAGAACACCCGUGUCAUCUGCCAAGGCAUCACCGGAAAGAACGGCACUUUUCACACUGAGCAGGCCAUCGAAUAUGGGACCAAGAUGGUUGGUGGAGUCACCCCCAAAAAGGGUGGUACAGAACACUUGGGACUUCCUGUUUUCAACUCUGUUGCAGAAGCAAAAGCAGAAACCAAGGCUAAUGCUUCAGUAAUCUAUGUUCCUCCUCCUUUUGCUGCAGCAGCCAUUAUGGAGGCAAUGGAAGCCGAAUUAGAUUUGGUUGUGUGCAUCACAGAAGGAAUUCCUCAGCAUGAUAUGGUUAAGGUAAAAGCAGCUCUUAAGAAACAGUCAAAAACUCGUCUUAUUGGUCCAAAUUGCCCCGGCAUUAUCAAACCAGGUGAAUGCAAAAUUGGAAUUAUGCCUGGUUACAUUCACAAACCUGGCCGUAUUGGAAUUGUUUCUCGAUCUGGUACAUUGACUUAUGAAGCGGUUUUUCAAACAACUGCUGUUGGUUUGGGGCAGUCAACCUGUGUAGGGAUUGGCGGGGACCCUUUCAAUGGUACAAAUUUUGUUGAUUGCUUAGAGAAAUUUGUUGCUGAUCCGCAGACUGAAGGUAUUGUGCUUAUUGGUGAGAUAGGUGGUACAGCAGAAGAGGAUGCAGCAGCCUUCAUAAAGGAAAGUGGAACUGAAAAACCUGUUGUUGCUUUUAUUGCCGGGCUUACUGCUCCACCUGGACGGCGAAUGGGCCAUGCAGGAGCUAUAGUGUCAGGUGGAAAGGGUACAGCUCAGGACAAAAUCAAGACCCUAAAAGAAGCUGGCGUCACAGUCUGUGAAUCUCCAGCACAAAUUGGAGUCACGAUGCUCGACGUCUUCAAACAAAGGGGCCUUGUGUAAAGCCUUGAGCAUCUUCAAACACGAGUCUCAUGUAAGCCUGUGGUAGAUUUUUUUUGGUUGACGGAUUCACUUUGUCGUAUUGUCCUAUUUAACAGAUAACGAGAUAAAAACAAUGCUGAUGCUGCUGCAUAUUGUGUUAACAAAGUGCUCGAUGAAGCCACCGCAAUAAGCGUUUGGUUUAUACUUGUCCAAAAUUGCCUUGGCUGGGUGGUUCAUGUUGGUAUCGUGCAAUUUGUUGCCUGUUGCAGCUCGGCAAAAUACCUUGCGAGUGAGUUACAAUUGUGUAACCAAACCAUUGGAGUUCCUUGUUAAUUGUUAUGAUAGUAAACCUUUGUCUUGUUGAGUAAUAAUUUUUGAAAAUGUGUCGAAUCUUAAAACUAUUGUGAAUUUUUUGUUACCUUUA